CCUUCAAUUUAUCUCCAACCCAGCCUGAAACCGUGAGUCCGUGAUCCCAAUUGGCCACACCGAACUGAGCGGCGCCGCUGCUGCUUCCGCUUCAUCUCCCUCCCCCUCCCUCUUCCCAGCUCGCAUGCGCGGCUCUCGAUCUCCUGCCACACGCGCCAAGCUCUCUCCGUGCCUCUGCCGCACGACAACUCUUCUUCCUCCUCCUCCCUUCUCCUCCUCCUCCUCUUGAUUUGAUCGUUUUUCGUUUUUCAAACUAGCUGUCUCGGCCUCUCAUAAUCUCAUCCUCUCCGCCUCAUUUCCCAGAUCCGGCUAUGGGCUCCACCCCUUACUCCACCCCCUUCGGUGGAUUUGCUGCUAUCGACCUUGAGCCGUCGACUGCAGCUUCCUGCCCUGCCGCCGAAUUUCCCAUUGGACCGUAGGUAGUUCUGAUAAGGGCCCAGAUCUUGGUCUUCCUCCCUCUUCUCUAUCUCGCUGUCCCGCUAUUUCGGCGUGACCGCCUGCAACAGUGGUCUGACCACUAACACGCAGCUUCUUCACAGACCCUCAUUUUUCGUCUGCUUGUGCUUCUGCUCAGUCACACUAACACAGCUGCAGACCCGCAGUCCACUCACCACGGCCAUGGAGUGCUUCAGCCUCUACCUGACCACCCCUGCCUGCUGAUUGAGUACCUCAAGUUGCGGCAGCAAUCAUCAUAGAGCCGGACCAUCUGAAUGAUGGGAUGCGGCACCCAGCCUUGGUAGAAGUUCGCGAAUAUCAUGGAGAACAAUCAACAGCAUACAUGUGGGAUGCCAAGGGAUUUCACGUUCCAUUUGUUAGAACAAAUCACAAAUAAGUUCUCCAAGGAUCGCAUAAUUGGUUAUGGAGGGUAUGGAGUGGUUUACAAGGGAGUAUUCAACCACGGGGAAGAGAUUGCUGUAAAGAAGCUUUACAAUAACCAUAUAGGACUUGAAGAUGAUAAGCAAUUUAAGAAUGAGUGCACUAACCUUAUGAGACUCCAACAUCAAAAUAUCAUCCGCUUAGUUGGCUACUGCUAUGAAAUAAAACAUAAAGUUAUGGAGUACAAUGGACAAUAUGUUUAUGCUGGAGCGGAAGAAAGAGCUCUCUGUUUUGAAUACCUGCAGGGUGGAAGCCUUGACAAGCAUCUUUCUGAUGAAUCCAGCGGACUUGGUUGGCACACACGUUACAAAAUAAUUAAAGGAAUUUGUGAGGGUUUACACUAUCUUCACAAUGGAUCCAAAGAUCCGAUCUACCAUCUAGACUUAAAACCUGCAAAUAUACUGCUGGAUAAGGACAUGGUGCCAAAAAUAGGAGAUUUUGGUUUGUCAAGACUCUUUGAUUCAACACUAACCUGUACCACAAAAGGAAUAAUAGGAACGCCGGGAUACAUGCCACCGGAAUACAUCAAUAGAUUCCACAUCACAAAUAAGUUUGACGUAUUCAGUUUGGGUGUUAUAAUCAUACAAGUAAUGACAGGGUGUGGGGGUUACUUGGAAUGUGGAAAUAUGCCUCGCCAAGAGUUUAUUGAUCUUGUACAUGGAAACUGGGAGGAAAGGCUUCAGGUCACAAAUUCAUCGCAUACAUCACACGAAAUUAAGACAUGCAUCGAAAUAGCGUUAAGAUGUGUGGAUUCCGACCCAGUGAAAAGGCCUACUAUAGCAGAGAUUGUUGAUGAACUGAAUAAGAUUGAUAAUGCAAAAAGAUCACUACCAGACCAGGACAACUUACAAACCACGCACACCAAGCAACAAAGGAAUUUCGGUGCUGCUGAUGCAGAGGGUGCCAUGAUUGUACAAUGUACAAGUACAGGGACAAAAGAUCAAGAACACAGGACUCUAGAACAGAAUGUCCUAGAGAAAGACCCAUCCGACACUAAAUAUCCUCGCCCGCAAACUAGUGGGACACUCGAGAGGUUGCGCGCUAUGUGGGCUGUGGUCAAGCCCACCUUCAAAGCCAAAUUUGGUGGCUAUGAAGAUGGCCACUUAUGGUGGCAUGAUACUGCACGCUGCCAAGACGGGGACCUCUCCAUCUCUGUCGUGCAGGCUAACAAUUUGCUUGAGGACCAGUUCUUUGUCGAGUCAGCCCUGUCUCUUGGCACUGUUAUUGGUGUCUUCGACGGUCAUGGUGGCCCUGAGGCCUCCUACUUCAUACACGACCACCUCCUCACCAACCUCCGAGAGGCCGCAUCUGGCCCGCAAGGCAUGACACCUGAUGCCAUCAGGAAGGCAUUUCUGGCCACAGAGCAAGGAUUCAUCUCACUCGUUUCAGACCAAUGGGAAACCAGGCCAAGCCUCGCUACCAUGGGAUCAUGCUGCCUUGUUGGCAUCGUUCAGCACAGGACUCUCUUCAUUGCCAACCUUGGGGACUCCCGAGCUGUUCUUGGGAAAGUCAGCCCCAAUGGGGAUCUUGUCGCGGAGCAACUGUGCAGGGAGCACAAUGUCAGUGAUGAGGGUAUUAGGCAGGAGCUCAUUGCUGAACAUCCUGAUGAUCCGCACAUUGUUUUACUUAAGCAUAAUGUCUGGAGAGUGAGAGGCAUCAUGCAGGUGUCGAGAUCAAUAGGUGACGCGUACUUGAAAUACGCGCAAUAUAACAAGGAACCACUCCAUGCAAAGUUUAGGCUUCGUACACCAUUCAGCAAACCUUUAUUGAGUGCCAACCCAGAUAUUGUAUCUCAUUGUAUUCAACCAAGUGACCAUUUCGUCAUAUUUGCAUCAGAUGGUUUGUGGGAAUUCUUGAGUAACCAGGAAGCUGUUGCGAUCGUUCAAAAACAUCAACGUGCUGAAGGAGUUGCAAGGAGACUCGUUAAAGCAGCUCUCCACGGAGCAGCGCGAAAACGUGAUAUGCCUUACUCGGACCUCAGGAAUAUCGACAGGGGGGUUCGCAGGCAUUUCCAUGACGAUAUUACUGUCAUCGUCUUGUUUUUCAAUCAUGCAGUACAAACCCUUUCCAUAAGGUGCCCCAUACCAAGGAGGGACGUGGCCUUCGGGAGCUCUUGGAGCGGCACGUGAGCCUGCUGCUUAUAUGUAUAAAAAAUCAGUGUUUAGUUAACAUGUUCAAUUAGCAUUCACAUGGGCGCGGAAUACCCAACUUUCACGGGAAAAUGUCAACUAUAUGAAGUAUACAUGUAUAUUUAUAGUAGUACUAUGUUGGGUUAGUCAUCUAUUUUCUGAGCUACAACCAGCCCAGCUCGUCCGUUAAUAAAUGAAACAAUUGUUUAGCUGAGCAGCUGAGUAUAUUGUAACUAGGCUAUACUGAUGUACAGCUUCGAAAAAUGAACACGUAUAGAUUUUCAAAAAAAAAAGAACACGUA